CAGGCCAAGGAGCGGCAGAUCGAGGAGCUCAAGGCCGAGCGGGACACGCUGCUGGCACGCAUCGAGCGCAUGGAGAGGAGAGUGCAGCUGGUGAAGAAGGACAGCGAGCGGGAGAAGCACCGAAUCUACCAGGCCUUCGAGGUGGACGAGAAGCCAGAGGUGGAGGCCUGUGAGAAGCUGCCCCUGGAGUGUCCCCAGGACCUGCUGGAGCCCCCCCCGACCCUGCAGCCCAAGCACUUCCCCUAUGGCAGGAACGGAAAAGGGCAUAAAAGGAAGCCAACCUUUGGGAGCGGGGAGAGGAAGACUCCUGUCAAGAAAUUGGUGUCUGAGUUCUCCAAGGUGAAGAGCAAAACCCCCAAGCACUCCCUGGGGAAGGAGGACUCCGGCGGCUCCUUGGCCGAAAGCGUUUGCAAGCGAGAGCUGCGCAGCCAGGAGCCCCCUGAGAAGCCCAGGCCGCUGCUGGAGACCCCCCUGCGGGCCUCAGCCCUGCCCAAGGGCCCCGGUGCCCACCCCAAGGAGAAAGGCUUCUUUGGCAGCAGCGAGGCAGACGACCUGCCCUACCUGGCCACCACCGAGAUGUACCUCUGCCGCUGGCACCAGCCGCCCCCCUCGCCCCUGCCCCUGCGCGAGCCCUCCCCCAAGAAGGAGGAGACUGUAGCAAUUCCAUCUUGGAGGGACCAUGUCGUGGAGCCCCUGAGAGACCCCAACCCUUCAGACAUCCUGGAGAACCUGGAUGACAGUGUCUUUGCCAAGCGGCAUGCCAAGCUGGAGCUGGAUGAGAAACGAAGGAAAAGGUGGGACAUUCAGCGGAUCAGGGAACAGAGAAUCCUGCAGCGGCUGCAGCUCCGAAUGUACAAAAGGAAAGGGAUCCAGGAGUCGGAGCCUGAAGUUACCUCAUUCUUCCCUGAGCCAGAUGAUGUGGAAAGUUUGCUCAUCACCCCCUACCUGCCUGUGGUCGCCUUCGGCAGGCCCUUACCAAAACUGACCCCACAGAACUUCGAGCUGCCCUGGCUGGACGAGCGCAGCCGCUGCCGGCUGGAGAUGCAGAAGAAGCAGACCCCACACCGGACCUGCCGGAAGUAGU